GGCCGCCUCCUCUGGAUAAUGUUUCCAACCGGUGGGGUUUGGGUGGUGCACGGCGGGCGGGAACCGAGAAGCCCCGGAGGUGCAGGAGCGGCUCCCAGCGCUGCCAUCAUGCCAGUUAAGAGAGCACUGAAGUUGGAGACCCUUGCAAAAGAAAACCCACAUGAAGCAACACCUUUGAAGACCAGAAAGAAAAAUUUAAGCUCAUAUUCACCAACAACAGGAACAUGCCAAAUCAGUGCAUUUUCAUCUCCCACAAGUCAUAAUGUACAAAAGCUCGGAAAUGGUCUAUCAAAUGGAGACCGAGAUGAGCUGAAUUACUCAGAAAUGAGUUUAUCCAGAAGAGGGCAAUCUCAAACAGAAGAGUAUGAUAAGUUUAUGGUGUUGCAGUCUGAAGUUGAAAAUUCAUUGGUGAGAUUUCUGAAAAUCAGACAAAGCUUAACAAGUUUACAGGCUUUAGAGGGCAGUAGAGAGCUUGAAAAUAUUUUUGGCGUCUCAGACUCAUCCUGUAACUUGAAAGCUGAAGUGCAGAAGACCAAAGUGCUAAUGGCUCAAGCAGAAAAACGAAAGCUGCUGAAGAGGAGUAAUGCAAAACAUCCUGCCCGAGAUACAAAUCCUGAUAGAAUUGAUUAAAAACUCAAUUGAAACUACAGUGGAAAAAGAAUGGGUGUGUCCUAGGACACUAGAAUGAAUACCUUUGUAGGGUAGAGAACGAGACGUGCUAAGAAGUUUCUAACUACAACAAAUGGAGAGUACAAAACAAAGAAAUGGUGUGAACUGAGUUAGUAUUAAUGUAUUGUUGAUUGGGGGCUUCCAAGCUUUCUGGUGAAUUGUUACAGCAACAGACCAGUGUAAUCUAAAAGACGUGAAGAAGGGUCAAUAUAUGACUAUUGCCGAUUUGUUCUGCCUGUACAACUUUGAGAUGAGAUUGACACCGUUUAAGGGAACUUCUUUUCUGGAAAGCACGUGGCACUUAAUGUAGGAGGAAGCUUUGGAGCAGCAGCAGCAUCACCAUCAAAGUAACCUGCCCUCCACACUGGGAACCAGAGAUUUACCAUCUCGUCACUGGGCCUUUUUGCUGAUCCUGAAAGAUGUUGUGACUGGAUCAAGUGAGGAAAGUGAACCAAAACAACAGUAUCUAUUUCCAAGGCUGUACCCUGAGCAACUCCCAAGAUGCAAACCCCCUCCUUCGUGUCAGUUUCCGCUCCUGUCUUGGUUAGGAGUCAGUGUGGCCUAGUGAAUAGAACACUGGAUUGGGACUUGGAGAUCUGGUUUCUGUCUCCAGCUCUGCCAUUGAUUGGCUGGGUGACCUUAGGCAAGUCACUGCCCCUCUCUGCGCCUUAUUUUCAUAUCUGUAAAAUGGGAAUAAUGAUACUGACCUCCUAUUUUAGCACUUUGGUGGAAAGCCCUAUAUAAGACUAAGUGGUAUUAUUAGUCCUGUCCUCUUUCUCUAUUUGCUUGUUCUCUAAAAAGAGUCUUGCUUAGCCAGCCAAGGUAAAUAUAAUCUUGCCACUCUUGAGCACAUCCAGUUUGGCAAGCUAAAAAUGAUUCCUGAGUGGCCUGAUCACAAUAAAAAAUUGUUUCUCCCCUAUACUGGCCAAAGGGAAAUAAGAUGAUCCUAGCCAAUCAUUUACCAGGCCCAGGAAAGUAGAGCUGGCAAGAGAAGCUAACUGGGUCAUGUAUCUGUGGUCUUCCAUCAGCCAAUCUGCAAGCAACAGAGACAGAGAUGCAUUUUCCUGUCUCUUGUUAUUCUAUUCUCUUGUGCAAUUGGUUUAGUUUAGGAAGAAACAGGAUCAGACUUAAACUGCGAAACCUGAGAGCUACAUUAUAUAAUUAAUACUCUUUUUCCUCCAACAAAAACAUUUAAUGCCAUUUUAAAAAAAACAUCCAAGAAAGAAUUUUUUGUUUUAAAAUUUGUCUAUAUAGAGAGAGGGAAAAGAGACUAUAAAAGAAUUUAAUAUGAAGACUGUCUUGGUUUUUUAAAGCUACAAUUUUUUUUUGCUUUUUCCUCCUCCUUUCUUUUGCUGUGUUUAAUAAAUAAUAAUGAGUAUCUUCUAAUGUAUACAACAAGCAAAACUAAGAUCCUAGCAACAGGCCUUUGAACCCCCAAAACCUCAACCACAUUCUGCAAAUUCUAAACUUAAAAAAAAAAUCCAUUUUUCUUGUAGCAAAGGUACAAAAGUAAACAACAAUCAUGAAUCUGGACAAUAGUUGAUCCAUAUCCAAUAAAAUAUUUGAAGUGCAUCUCAUACUAAGUCGGAGCUUCUAGCACCUCUGUUCAUUUCAUAACUCAAGUAUGUUGUCAUUACAAAGUUUCUUUCAGAUGUAAACAAACUUUUCUCUGUGUUUUACCUGAUGGAAUUUAGGGAGACGUAUAACAGACAGGUAUGAUUGGAGUCUCACUAGGGUGUAGUAAUUUCUAAUAACAUGAAGGGUAAAACCCAGGUUCUUUGAGUUUCAUGGACUUCUGAAAUUCCCUGGUGGAGAAAUAAUCCGAUGAAACACUGUAGUGAUUAGUAGUCAGUCCACUACCAUUGACUCACUGGCCCCUACCUGUGUUCUUCCUGCUUUCCCCCCCCCCCACACACACACACCCACACCCAGUCAAGUACCCAUUAUUUUCUGAUGACAGAUAAAUGUGAGGGUAAAAGACUUGCUCUAAAGCCCAUCAAUUAAUUUAAAAUGUAGAUAAGUGUAAUUGAAAAAAAGUUAAAAUGAGGGAAUUUCUACUGUCCUAUGUUGUAACUGCAAAGGAAGAUGAACGUUUUCUCCAUCAUACGUUCCAACCAACAGAAACUGUUCCAGGUAGCAAGCCAUCAAAUCAACGUGGAUUGCCUCUGCUCAGCUGCAGAUCCCUAUACUUCCUGCUGUGGGGAAUUCUCCUCCUACAGUGAAAAAAAAUGAAAUUCAAGACAGUCUUGCUGGCUCAGAGGAGACUAAGACAGAGAGAAAAGGAACAAGUUGCACCAUAUUUUUUGGUGGAAUUUGAUCAUUUGUGCAAGCUGAGGUUUUGAAAAGCAUGAGGGGAAGUCUGCGCUGCUAUCUUCACAAUGGACCCCUGAGCCUCUUGGCCAGUGAAAACCAAUGGAGAGCAUCUUGGGCCAAUGCUGGCAGGCAGUUGGUGCCUCUCUUGUGGAAUGCUUUCUAGCUGCCACAGUGAAGCAAAUGUAUAGGCCCAUUUGUGCUACAGAAACUAGCCCAUGCCAACUGUCAAGCUCGUUAGACAAGAUUUUUUUUGCCCUGAAUCUGAAUUCAUUGUCUGAAAGUAGGGCAGAAGCAAAGUUACCAGUUGUAACAAAGUUGGUAAACUUAGUAAACUUUAUCCAUUUUAAUUCUACUUCAACAAGGACUGAGCUUCAUUGUGCUCUCUUUAAAAAUAUGGGAAAAAGAGGAGCAAAGAAAAAGUGUGAUAAAAGAAAGUAUUUGGAGAUAUUUUUACUUCACCCUUUAGUUUUGGAUGUGGUUUUUUCAUAAUUAUUUUUAAUUAGUUAUGCUCAAGACUUGAAACCUAUGACUAUUCUGUGGCUUGAUACAGAUGGAAUGUCACAUUAUCAUCACAUGGUGAGGCAUGAAAUUUAUUUACUUUACAUAAACAACCUCUGCUUAAAACAACUUAAUACAGAAAAUUCCUUAGUCAAUGGGCAGCAUUAUGUAGAACUCAGUAUAUCAUUUUGUGUGAUCAGCAUAAAAAAUGGCUUCAUUGUUUGUCCAUGGCUAGCAUUUACAGUAAACAAAAUGUUUUUGAAUAAAAUGUAAGCAAACUCUAGAGCAGCUGCCAAGAGAUGAAAUCUAGUCAGUUUGCUGCAGUCCAAAACAUGCUUUGUGUGUGUUGAGAAUAAAUAUAUAGGUUGCACUAUGCAUAUUUUAAAGAACGCUUAACAGUUUGAGCAUUUAGAGGCUUGACGAUGAUAAAAUUCUAAACAGUGAAGCAGCUUCUGCUGGCAGUUACAAAAUAUUAAUAGUUUCUCUACAUUUCCUGUAAAGAAAAACAAUGUAGCACUAAAGUGAGCAUGAACCAUGCCCAUGAAUGAAUCUGUUGUGUUCUGCAAGGCGCAAUAGAGAGUCUUCUGGCUAAAGAUUCUCAGAAGAUCAUAUAUUUGCAGUAUUAAGAAAAACUAUAUUCAGAGCCUUAAGUUGUAGGCUAUAUUAAAAUAGGAAAAUGAGCCCAUUUUCCAGAUACUCAUCCUUGCAAAAAGUUGGGUAAAUUUGGUAUUUGUAUUGCAAUUACUCUUCCUCAGCACCAAUAAGGAAGUUUUUCUUCCUACCUCUUUUUGUACAGGGCAAUGGAACCAAUUUCUGCCUCUCCUUGUACACACUCUUUAGCAAUGUUGGUUUUCAGGUGAACAAGUCAGUCUUUAACCAGAUGAGUUUUCACUCAAUCACAUGGGAACAGGCAGCUACAGCUGUAUGAGACAUCAGUCUAGGGGGUUUCAAGGUUCUUGUUAGCAUCCACAGUCUUGCUAUGCCUCACCUGAUGGAUGGUGCAGUUUUCUUGGCUCUGGUUAGUUAUACCUGAUAUACCAGAGGAGGCUGAGAAGAAGAAAAUAACUGCUCCUCUAUGCAAGCAGUGCACCCUACUCCAACUGGGUCUUUCGGUCACUCAUGGAAAAAUUCUCAAACAUCAUGCUCUCAACCAUCAGUUGCUACUAGACUACUGUUGCUCAAACUCACUGCCUCAACAGCAGCCAGCAAGAAGUUGAUCUAGCAACCCAAGGUAACUCAAGUAGGCAGCAAUUAUACCCAAACAAGAUUCACAUCAGGAGACAUGCUGUUGUCUUCCCAGAUGUAUUGGCCAUACCAGGUGUUGGCCAUCACCUUUGUGGAAGCUAAAAAUGUGGCUGGAGAAUUUUUGUUAAACCUAAAAAGCCUCUUGGGUUGGAGAGAGACCUUUAGUUAAAACCUCGCCUUCACCACCAGUCAAGCUAAAUUGUCUCAGAUCCCUGUCUCAUCUAAAGCUUGUCUUUAAAUACUGUCAGGUCACUCUUCAAUGAAAGACAGUUUCAGAGCGUGAACUCAGCUGCUAACUAUGACCUUCAUUGAACAGUUUGAGAAUUAAGGAGCCAAAACCAGCCCCCUGACUUACCUUCACCUGGAUGCAGCAGAGAAUCUGACCCUUAUAUUUCUGCACAAACAACCUGUGGAAGAGUUGUCCAACCUUCUGUUUUCAAGAAAUAAUCCCAUCCUCUUGUAUUUAGGGAGUGUUUACAAACCUAAACUAGUUGGACGUUAUCCUCCACUUACACACUAGACAAUUAAGAACAUGCAAACUGUAAAAGGGAUUUCUUUAGUAGACAAAGAUCAGCUUCCCCAUUGUUUUGUUUGUAGCCCACGGAAGCUUAUGCCCAAAUAAAUGUGUUAGUCUCUGAGGUGCCACAAGUACUCCUGGUCUUUUUCGCAGAUACAGACUGACACGGCUGCUACUCUGAAACCUUUGUUUUGUUUGUUUGCAUAGCUGAGUCAUUAAUGCUGUUCAGAGAUUUUUGCUUCAUUGUAGCUUGCACUGUCUGGAUAAAAGCUGUUCCUUUGGCUAAGCGUGAAUAGAGCUCUUUUCUCAUUCCAUCCAAGUGUCCGUGUCCUCCUCCUCCUCCUCCUCCUCCCGUCUUGGAAUUGUACUUACGGGGAAUUUUUUGCCUUUUCCAGCCUGUCAGGCCAAGUGUCUUGACCAGUGCCCAAAUUCUGCAAUGCCAUUAAAUUUUGAGUUAGGUUCAAGUGGUUGUCCUGGUUGAAGUGAGAGACUAACUUUGUCCAUUAGAGAAAGAUCACUGACGGGUAAGAGAGAUUGUAGACCAUUUAUUUUGACUCAGCGUGUCCUGUUUUUUCUCUCUUCAUUGUUAAAAAUAAAUAAAUAAAUCUUUCCCAGCAGGCUCUGGUUUUACUGUGUUGCAUGUGCACCUUAGAGUGUAAAUAUAAAAUACAUUUUGGAAAUUUGGAAAGUGAGAGAGUCUGAGGUCAGAGACAUGAGCUUUUUGGGGAGUAAGUUACAAACCUCUCCAGUGAUUUAACGUCCUAUGCUAUGCAGAUGAAAUAUUAAGCUAUUAACUGUUGGCAGAUAGAAAUGCACAAUACACACAGCUAUAGACUUCAGACAUAGGUAUAUACUGGACUGUCAACUUACCUUCUCUAUGUGGGUAUCAUCAACCACAUUGAUUCAUGAACUUUCACACCUUUGUUUAUUCCCUAUUUUCCUAUCUACUUUUUUCAGAAUCAAUUAAAAAAAAUAAUCUGGCAGAUCAAGGCUUUAGAGUAUGAAGCUUAAUGAAAAAUUAAAAAGAACUACUGCUUCAUUACAACAUGAAUAUGUAUAGCAACUCCUCCAUGACUAUAAAUACUCUAUCUGUAUUCUCCUGGGAAUAUAAUUAUUUUAAAUAAAGAAACAGUUUGAACUCACUUAAUAGCAAUCUUAUGUUUAAGAGGUGUAAAUAACUUGCUAUCCAGACAUUACAAAUAUCCAGGUGCUCUAUAUGUGCUGAUGACAACAAAAUUGAAAAGAAAGACUGUAAUAAUUCUGACUGGUUUUCUCUGCAGAAGAUAUUGAUUAUUUGUGUGUGGUGAGAGAUUUGGAAAAUUCAAUUAAAGGAGUUGUGCAAAGGUUUCAUAAAUUUUCCCUGUACAGCGUGUACACAGACAUUGUUGUGUAUUAAAUCAAUGCAGCACUUCACAAUAUAUUUUCUUUGAAACAUAAAAAUAAAUAACAUUUAAACAGUUCUGCUUACUACAGAAACAAAUUUUAUUUUCUGUGAAGCAUUUAGUCAUGUGCUAUCACUGACUCAUACACAUUUGCCAGCUGUAACAAAUUUUAUAGACAUUUUCUCCAGAGACAUAGCUCAUAUACUAUGAAUUUUUAAAUGAGCAAAUGGUGAAGAAGGGAUGUCAGCAAUAUAAAAAUUGAUCAGUUAAAAGAUAAAAGCAUAAGUAAAGAGAUUUGUAUGGUAGUCUUAAUAGGUUUUAUUAAAUAAAAAUACUAUAAAAAGACAGUAAUGAAUAGACUGAAGGUUUUAACUGUGGUUGAGGUGGAGAAAAAUUAUUCUGGCACAUUUAGUAGAAGAUUGGUUUUAUAGCACCUGACAGGUGAACAUUUUUUCUCUCUCCUUUUUAGAUGUGUAAAUGUUUCAGAGCAGUCCAAUUUAGUGGUGGGGCCAGGGGGAGGAAUGGGAGACAGACCUUGCGAAGAUCCUGCCCUUUUGCUAUACUUGUGGAUUGGGAGGGGAGGGCACAUGGGAACUUCUGCCAUACCACAGAAGAAGCAGGGCAGGAUUUGUACCUAGUAUUCAGGCAACUACCAUGUGUGCCUGUGCCCUGAAACUCCAAGGACUUUAGUUUAGGGUAUCCCGUCCAGCCCCCUAUUCCAGCUGGUGUAUGUGCUGCAGAGAGCAGCGUCUGCUAGCUGGGGGCUGUUACUGGAGCAGAGAGUGAUAAUCCUCCCAUCUCUGCAUUUCUGGCCAACUUCAGAGAAUUCUGCGCUGGCCGAUGGGUUUUCAACUGCAGGGGAUGAACUGAGUAACAUUUCUUCUAGCUGCAGUGACCAAGAAGGAUUUGACCUUAAUGAAGGUUAGGUAAAUUUUGUUAGGUUUGUAUUUGUAUUAAAAGGGGUGGGGGGAGAAUCAUAAUUAAGAUGUAUGUCUGUAAAGGUGUUGACGAUUAUGAAGGAGUGCUGCUUCAUUGUUAUGUUUUGAGUGAUAGCUUUUAAGGCCAGAAGGGACCACUAGAUCAUCUAGCCUGACCUCUUGUGUAUCACAGGCCACCAGCACCACCCCACACCUGCACACAAAACGCAACAACAGAAAUGAGACUAAAGUAAAUGAGGCCCCCAGGAGACUAGACUAUUAUGUUCCACAGGCAGAGAAAGGAUGGACCUGAUCAUCUUGUUAGCAUCACAAAGAAGAAAAAUGCAAACUUAGGACAGGUAUAAUAAGUCACGUGAGCAUCUGUGUGGUUUAUAAUAGGUCAUAUUCUUUGUUGGCUAUUUAAAUAGGUAACCCUUAAUACUAUGUGUUUAAAGAAAACUAUAAAUACAGAUAUUUUUUCAAAGAUGCAAGACUGAAAGUUCUUAGAAAAACCUCACUUAAUGAAUGCAGUUUGAGUCUAACCCAGGUGAGUUAAACAUUUUGUCAAGAUACUUUUUCAGACUGUGUACUUGUAUCUCUUUGCACUGGUGGAUUUCUUAUGCAAUUACUUGCACUUGGGCAAGUAAAGAGUUAUUACAAGUAAGGAUUUUUUUAUUCAGAAAUCACAGUUAGCACAAAGAAACCAGCAGUUUGGAAAUAGUGAUCACUAUUAAAUCAGUCUAUUACUGUCCGUUACCACACCAUACAAUCUGUGAUGUCAGUUAUUUCCCAAUUCUAAAUACAGGUAACUGUCAGUAGAAUUUGCUUUUUAAUGGCUCCUUGUGUAAACAGCAAAAUUUGUUUAGUGGGUAGAAGGCUAUAAAUAAAUAAAAGCAUGGUGUAAAGUCACACUGGGUGCAUUUUUUAUUAAAUGACUUUAUCAAACCUAGACUAGGCCAGAAUUGUCAAAUUUGGCCCAGACCCAGGCCCCAUUUUGGAAACGCUGAGUCCAUUGCUUAUACUCUUUCACUGGGCUGCUGGGGCAGGCAUCCUGAGCCUUGCUGGCAACAGCCAAACUGGGAAUGUUGGGCCUUCAUACAUGUGCACUCUCCCCCCGCACCCUUUGUAAAGGUGGAGCCUUAGUCUGUGAAAGAUGGUAGAUGUAAGCAUGUGCACACUAAGGAUGGAGUCACUUGAUUGAGCUACUCUUCUCAGUCAUGCAGGGACCAGCUACAUCCCUGCUCCCCUAGAUCAUCUGUCACCAAAGCCUUCCCAACUGGAUGUAAACAGAAAAGAAAAUACCCAAACAGUACUUAAACUGUGCAGUAAAUAUACAAGGGGGUGAUGCUACUGAAGCCUAGAAUAAGGUGGAAACCCACUGAAAGCAAAAACUACUUAUGCAGAGCCAAACUAAGGUGGAAAAUAUAGGGGAAAAAUAUCUCCUGAGUGCGAAUGUGGUCAUAUCUAAUCUUGUGCAUUUCUGAAGCUAAUACAGUCAGGUUCCAUCAAUUCUCGCCAAGUUUGGCUGAAACAGACCAUGAAGGCCUGCCUGCCUUCCACCCAUGAUCUCUGCAUUUCCCUUUCUUCCCUCCCUUUUCAUUCUCACACGUGAGUGACAGCCAGAUGUUCCAGCCAUACAUGAUCUUGAGCUCACUCUGACUGGCUCAUUGCCCGAAAUAAGGAUAGAAACAAAAUCUGCAGAAUCCUUAGCACAUAAAAUGCAGCAACCCCGAUCCUGUUACGGGCCUCAGAUCUAAACCUUGUUCAACUGCAGUAAUCCUGCGACAAAGUGACUCACGAGUCAAUGCGCUGCACUGGGCCUGAGUGUGGCCUUGUAGGAUUUUUUUGUCUUCAUAGCUCAGCUGGCCAGGUUCACAGGUGGGUCCCUUCAUCUUGUGACUCGGCCCUCUGGCAAGGUCACGUUUAGUCUCACCCCUUUUGGAGUACACUCAAAGUCCCACAAUGUCACAUGAGGUUAGUGGCCCAGAUCUAGGCCCAAUAGUGCUACUACUCCCCCGUGUCUGAGCUCUUCACGCUCACUUCUUCGGUGACAUUGUAGGGGAACCCAGGCCCAGGCGCCCUGUAACAAGCAGUUAAGGUCAAUCUUGUCAGAUCUCUUGUUUCUUCCCUGGGCUACUUUGUGCAUUAGCCUGCUAUCUCCUCGGGGAGCUUGCAUUCUCAGUAAGGGUCUGUCCUAGGGCCAGACCCCCUAUCCCAAUUCCCAGUGUAACAAAGGAAAGAAAAUUAACAGGAAAAAAAGAGUGGCACCAGCCCUUCUAUCCUGCAUGGUCCUUCAGCCAUCUGUAUUACUGCUCCAUGUUCACAGGCUACCAAAGGCAGCUUGUUCCUCUUGGGAAGUUGAGAAUGAGAGGUCUGUCCCCCUCUGGGGCAAGGAAGUUCUGAGCUGGGUUUCUCCCUUUUAAGACUCCUCUAAGUCUGGCAUGCUUCUCAGGUGAGGUGGGGCUGCCUGAGCACAUAGCUGCUCUUUAACCCAUUCUUGUCUAGAGCAGGGUUUGUAUACCCUAUCACAAGGUGAGUCUAUGCUAGCGCUGGAGGUGUAAUUUCCAGCUCAGGUAGACAUACCCAUGCUAGUUCUGGCUGAGCUAGCGUUCUAAAACCAGAAGAGUAGCUGUGGCGGCACAAGCAGGGGGACAAGCGAACUGCCCUGAGUACAAUUCUGUCCAAGGCACAUAUGCACACAGUUAGCCCAGCCUGAGGCUCACACUGCCAUGGCUACACUUCUAGUUUUAGCAUGCAAACGCAAUCAGUGAGUGCGGGUUUGACU